AUGUGUGAGAGCCUGAGUGUUUAUUUUGUGUUUGUUUAUAACACAUUUUAUUGUUUUCAACAGGCAGCUGGCCCAACAGGCAAAAAUGAGGAAAAAAUUCAGGUUCUCACAGACAAAAUUGAUGUGCUCCUACAGCAGAUUGAAGAAUUGGGAUCUGAAGGAAAGGUAGAAGAAGCCCAGGGAAUGAUGAAAUUAGUUGAACAACUAAAAGAAGAGAGAGAAUUGCUUAGAUCUACAACUUCAACCAUUGAAAGUUUUGCUGCCCAAGAAAAACAAAUGGAAGUUUGUGAAGUAUGUGGAGCCUUUUUGAUAGUUGGAGAUGCCCAGUCCCGGGUAGAUGAUCAUUUGAUGGGAAAACAACACAUGGGCUAUGCCAAAAUCAAAGCUACUGUAGAAGAAUUAAAAGUAAGUUUCUUAAGUAGAGAUCGGCGGAGAAGCAGAAGCCAUGACAGAUCAGAAAGGAAACAUAGAUCUCGCAGUCGGGAUCGAAGACGGUCAAAAAGCCGGGAUCGAAAGUCAUAUAAGCACAGGAGCAAAAGUCGGGAUAGAGAACAAGACAGAAAAUCCAAGGAGAAAGCAGAAAAGAGGGGAUCUGAGGAUAAAAAAAGUAGUGUGAAGUCCAGUAGUCGAGAAAAGCAGAGUGAAGACACAAACCCUGAAUCGAAGGAAAGUGAUACUAAGAAUGAGGUCAAUGGGACCAGUGAAGACAUUAAAUCUGAAGGUGACACUCAGUCCAAUUAAAACUGAUCUGAUAAGACCUCAGAUCAGACAGAGGUAAGUGUAUUGUUUCUCACUUUGAUUAGGGCUUUUUGUUACUGUUUGACAGUGCAGCGUAAGUAUGCACAGAUGAAGAUGGAACUAAGCCGAGUAAGAAGACAUACAAAAGCAUCUUCUGAAGGAAAAGACAGUGUAGUCCUGCAAAACAUUUUGAGGUACAUUGUUUUGUCUCAGCUAUUUUGUAGCAGACUCGUGCCCCAUUAGUGUGCCUCUUUGGAAAUUAUUGCCCACGUUUGUAAUAUAGUCGCCAUUGAAAAGUUAAUGAUCCUUUUUUUUAGGGAUUUUGCUGUCAUUUCUUUUUUUUUUUUUUUUUUUUUUUAAAAAGGUUGAACUGUUUUUUGUUUUUUGUUUUUGUUUUUGUUUUUUUUUUUUUUUUUUUUUCUUUUUGGUAUUAAGUCCAUCUUGUGUUGGUACAUUGGCAGAGGCAUAAUGCUUAAAAACUUAAAUAUUUCUGAGGCACAUGUUGGACUACUUUGUUUUAAUUAAACUGCUAGUAUUUCUUUGUCAAGGAUGUUUCUAGUUUUUUGCUUUAUUGCCUUGCAUUCUAAUGCAGUUUGUUCUGUAACUCGAGAGCCAGUAGCAUUGGAUUGAUGGAAGUGUAGGGUUUAUGAAUUAUUGCAGCUGACUACCAUACCUCACACAGCGUUGGUGUUGUGAGCGGCCCAUGAAAAGCCAAAUUAAAAAUCAAGGAUUCAGUCAAACUAAGCAGGUACUCAUGCCAGGUACUCCUUUCUCUACCCACAUCCAUGUUUGAAUGCUGUUGCCUGUGAUCUUUACGCUUAACUGUUGUGUAUCUUUUUGUUCUUUAUAAGAAGCGCAGAGGGGUUUUUUGUGUAUUGCGUGACAACUUAAUAAAUCAAAUGUUUAACAGAAUGGAAUUUUUUUUCGACUGUGUGUAGGGAUGCAGUGGUGCCCAGAAUUAGAUAUCUUUAAAGAAUUUUAAAUACAAUAAACACUUCAUAUUAUUCGCCUUGUUACAUUCAAUGCAAUUCUCAAGUCUUUAAGAGGUAUGUGUUUAAUAUUUCCUACUGUGUAGGAGAAUUUGCUGUCACCCAUAGGUGUAUAGGAAGUCACUGGUUGAUACAUUUAAAGCACCAGUGAAUGGCACAGACACCUUCACUCUGUGACAUGCACAGAUCAGAUGAAUUGUAUAGAAUAAAUUUUGAGUUUUUUAAGAACUGUUAAAAGUCAGGUUUUAUAAACGUUCUUAAAAUCUCUAUAAACUGUUGAUUCUAUGGGCUAGUGGUGUGGGGUGAAAUAUGCCUAAUAAAAGAAGUAACGGUUUGUUGGUGGCUUCCCUUUUUUGGAAAGCAGAGAAUUCUUUCGGUGUGAGCCAUUCACAUGUAGAUAAGCAUACACAGGCACAUGCCUACCACACCGAUGGCGUGGCUAUUUAAAAAGAAUACAGACAUUUCACAUACACAUUGAUUAUACCUAGCAGUUAGUGACUGGGCCAACACUUAGUCAUAAAAAUUUGCCUUUUAUGUGUGUCUAAUUAUCAUUUUUCCCCAAAUUUUGCAUUAUAGGACUACUGUUCGAAGAUUUCUUGAAGAAUACUGAAAACAGCAUAAAGUGAAGAUCGACAUUAAAAUGAGGUGAAAGAAAGCUAUAGUGGCAUAGAAAAAGUAUAAAGCUCAGUUAGUUUUUGUUUUGUUUUAUUUUUUAAUUAAAAGUUAAUUCAGGACUGAUAUGACCUACCAGAUUUCAGAACAUGUGUUAAUAACAUAUAUGCUUAGGUCUUGUAUCAUAUUUUUUCUUUAAGACUUUUUAAGAAAUAUUACCUAAACAUGUGGCUUGCUCAGUGUUUAAUUGCAAGUUUUCAUUCUUGGACUUUGCAAACAGGAUUAAACGUUAGUAUUCUUGUGAAUCAAACUAAGUGGGAUUCCAUUUUUACAAUUCUGCUAUACUUAGCUUUUGGAUUUAGAAGUAAAAUAAAGUAUCUGAUUUUC